GAGGAGGAGAAGAAGAAGGAGGAGGUGGAGGCUGAGGAGGAGGUGGUGGAACAAGAGGAGGCACCCAGGGAGUCCACGCCGGUACCGAGGAGCAACGGAGACAGUCACGUGGAGGUGGAGGAGAAGCUGAGCCUCAGCUCAGAGAAGGAGGUGUGCACCGAACCGCGGCCGCGUCUCUGCGUGAUCCAGCGGGGCCCCAACGGAUACGGCUUCAACCUGCACAGCGAGCGGGCGCGGCCGGGCCAGUACAUCAGAGCCGUGGAUGAAGACUCCCCCGCUGAGAGGGCCGGCCUCCAGCCGAAGGACCGGAUAGUGCAGGUGAACGGCGUGUCCGUGGAGGGGAAGACGCAUUCAGACGUGGUUGCUGCCAUCAAAGCGGGCGGGCGCGAGACCCGGCUGCUGGUGGUGGAUCCUGACGCAGACGCCUUCUUCAAGAAGUGCAAAGUGAGGCCCACCUCGGAGCACCUAACCGGUCCGCUGCCUGAGCCCGUGGUUAACGGACAACCGGAGGAGAAGGUGAGACAGGUGAACGGCAGAGCGACCAAAAACGCAGAAAGAGAUUCAAAGCUGUCGAUCAGUCCUUCUCCUUCCAGUGCUUCGUCCAAUACGUCCCUCACAACCCCGACUGCAAACACUCCUCCUGAGGGUUUCAUCGCAGACACAAUCCCAGCUCUCAACCUCACCCUGCAGCAGGUCAAAGAGCUCGCACACCAGAAGCGCUCGAACAAAAGAGCUCCGCCCAUGGACUGGACCAAGAAAAACGAGCUCUUCAGUAACCUAUAGGGGCCUUUGUCUUCAAGAGAAAUCCCAGCUGUUUUUAUUUUCAACAUUUCUUGUGAAUUUUUUUUAAUGUUUAAUUAUUACCAUUACUACUUCAUAUAUAAAUAUAACCAUGACGAACAUAUAAUGUGCUAUUAACCAUAAGGAUUUACAUGCCAAUGAAAAAGAACCAGACUGUGAGAACAGGCUUCUUUUUCUGUGUAUUACUGCUGAGUUUGGCGCCUGUGAAACAAACACAAAUGACCCGACUGUCAUGCUGAGUCAUUGUUUUGCUAUGAAAAAGGACAUUUUCUGUUUUAGAGCUCAAAAAUUUAGAAAAUAAGCAGAGGUUCAUUCACUUUUAUGUCUUUUAUUUUAUUUUUUUUACUUUUUAAGAGCCUUUUUGGUGCUGAUCUACCUGGCAUAAAUAUAUAUAAAUAUAUAAAAAAGGAAAAUGUAUUUUUCAGAAAACCAUUUCUAAUAUAAAAAUCCUGUUUGUCAAAACAACUUCUGAUGCUUUAAACUGGAAAAAUAUAUAUUUUAAAGUGUAUUCUAGGUAUCUCUCUCUCUAUAUAUAUGUACAUACAUGAUGUUCAGUGUAUAUUUUUACUCUUGACUGAUCCAUAUGAACUACAGAGUGUCAAGGGAAACGUGCAUCUCUCAGCAAUACCAGCUUCGCCCUCGCUGUAAUAGUGCACAGCUGCUCAGUUCACAAGUUUUACUGUUGUUGUUUGUUUGUUUUAUUGCCACAGCAAGUGCAAGACAGUGUUUGAUACAACAAAAGCUAUAAAUAUCUAUCUUUUAGAUCAUGUUUAGCUUUAGAUUACUAUUCUUAUACCAGCGUCGGGACAAGGAGAGGAUUUUAAAUCCAACUAGGAGAAAGUAGUUUGAAUUGUUAUUUUGCAAUUCAUCAUUCGUGAAAACUUUAUCAUGCUGAUAAUUGAUUAAAAUAUUCUUCAGUGCUCUUGUGGUUUGCUUGUGUCUCCUAGGGGCUUGAAGUACGUUUUGAGCUGAGAAAUUCACAAAAACAUCAACCUAAAACUGUAAAAGCGGUGGCGGUAGUAUCAUUGUUUGAAGUUCUUCUGCUUAACUGAACUCGAGCUUCACAACAGAGUUAUGUUUUAACACAAACCCGUUGGAGAAAAUUGUUUUAAAAAGUGUUUUUUAAUAAAAAGCUUAAAGCCUC